CGUGUACUUGCACAAUGAUUGUGAACAAAGAAAUUGCUUUGUUUUGUGGCAGUGCAGUGCAGUGCAGUAGACCGGCUAGCAGUGAAUGUAACAGAUCAAGAUGGCACAGAGAGUAAGCUCAAUGGGAUUCCUUGGGUCAGGGCAGAUGGCAAGAGCUCUUGUCAAAGGAUUCAUUAGAUCAAAUUAUAUCAGUCAGGAGAAUAUAAUCACAUCAGCAACCAGUGAGAGAUCAUUCUCCCUUCAGAAAAUGAAGGCGGACCCCAACUGCUCCAAGGUGAAUAUAACGGCCAACAAUGUGGAGGUGGUUGAGAACAGCGAGGUCGUGUGGAUAGCUACCAAGCCGCAUGCUAUACCCAGAGUUAUGCGGGAAAUAGCUCCUUUUGCAAAACCAAAUCAGAUAUUUAUCUCUGUGGCGGCUGGAACCACUAUCAAAACCUUGGAGGAGGGUCUGCCCACUAAGUCUAAAGUCGUCCGCACGAUGCCCAACACACCAGUCAUCGUUCAAAAGGGUGUCACCAUAUAUGCUCUCGGUAAUUCAAUCUCAGACGUGGACCAUACUGUCGUUAAGGACAUGCUUGAUGUGGUGGGUGUUGGCAUGGAGAUGCAGGAGCACUAUAUGGACAUCAUGACUGCUCUGAGUGGCGGUGGUCCCUCUUUUAUGUACCUGAUGAUGGAUGCGCUGGCAGAUGGUGGGGUCUAUGCUGGAGUGCCUAAAGACAUUGCCCUCAAACUGACAGCACAUACCAUGAUUGGGUCGGCGGAGAUGGUCCUCUCCAAUGGGGUGCAUCCACAAGAGCUCAAAGACUCUGUGUGCUCACCUGCUGGGACGGCCAUUCAGGGAAUUAGAUUGUUGGAGAGAAAGGGCUUCAGAGGAAUCAUGAUGGACGCCGUUCAUGCAGCUAGUAAAAGAGCUCUAGAACUGUCUAAACUUCAAAAUGGAAAUGGAGAAGAAAGAGACGUUUAUGUCAAGAGAUAAGCAUAUCAUUGAAUCAUGGCAGUACUAUAUAUAUAUAGCACAUUUGUUAUUGUUGUUUUUAUUUUAUAAAAGACAAAUCACAAGAUUUUUAA